AUGGAGACGACAUCGAUCUUUGACGUGCAGACGGAGGUUUCAGAAGGAGGCCUGAAGGAACUGGUGCUGAGAUGGUUCAAUGAAACUCAAGCUCAGUUCCUCCUGGACAAUGGAAUCUUCCCCAGCUGGUUUCAAGGUUUUGCUACAAGAAAGGACGUGGAGGACCUGCUGAGAAAUGAAGCUCUGGGCAGUUUUCUCGUCCGCCUCAGUGAGAAAGCUGUCGGCUACAUCCUGUCCUACAAGUCGUCUGACAGAUGUCGACACUUUGUCAUUACCCAGAACCGAGCCGGACUGUUCAGCCUAUCAGGAGACAGUCAGACUUACUCCAGUCUCACACAGCUGAUUGAACACUAUAAGGUCCGGCCCAUCCUGCCCUUUGGAGAGUACCUGACCUCCAGCUGCCACCAGGAAAACGCUGGUGAUUUCUAUGAUGCGGUCAACUUCGAGGCUGAAGGGAAAUCAGGGGUGAGUGUUAAAGCUCUGCAGGCUCUGUGGGACCAGAGGAGCAAAAAUCCCCAUCUCCCAGGCAACAGCCCCAGGAUGCAGCAGCAGAGUGACAACCCCACAGCCUCAUCACCGGCACUGCCAACCAAAUCCAAAACCUGGAGACUGACAGGAACCUUGUCUGCAGAUGCAGUGACAUACUCACAGGCUGCAGCACCAAAGGGAGAGGAUCCUCUGGGCUUGUCUCUAAGUCAACCUUUGUCUGAGAGACAGACUCUGACAGACUCAAAUCGAGUGGUGAGACUCAGAGGAAGUACAAACCCAGAGCCGGCCAGAGCUGAAGGCUCAGUAUCAUUUAAUUGUCCAAAAACAAGUCGUCCUGGGGAUAAUUGGACAACAGACAUGACCCUAAAACAGUUACAGAUCAGGAGUCAGUCUCUACCCAAACUGGACAACACCAUGGAGGAGGACAACCACUCCAAUGGGACUUCCUUCACAAUGUCAACAUCUAAUUCACCCACAUCACUGAAGAAGGUCACCUCCUAUACCCAGGAAACGAGAUCUCCGAGGUCCCUCCACAAUCCCAGGCUGAGCAAUACCACCCAAGAACAAGAUGAAGUCCAUGAAACGUCGAGGUCUAACCUGCAGUACCAGACAUGCUCAUCUCAACAGAAAGUCAACAUGUAUGCUGAGGUUUCCCAGGAAACAAGAUCUCCCAGGUCCCUCCACAAUCCCAGGCUGAGCAAUACCAACCAAGAACAAAAUGAAGCCCAUGAAACAUGGAGGUCUAACCCACUGUACCAGACCUCCUCAUCUCAACAGAAAGUCCACAUGUAUGCUGAGGUUUCCCAGGAAACAAGAUCUCAAAGAUGCGCUCUUCAUGAUGACACCUACGAGCAGAUCCCAGGAGAAGAUGCCAUGUAUGAGACACUGGAAGACAUCAAGAUCACAAAAUCCAAGUCCAGCUGUGAGAAAAAAUGUUACUCAGAUGUGAUUGGUCAGUUUGUAACGUUAAGAAACAUGUUUUAA